AUGCUUACAUUUCUAUUGAUUAUUGUAAUUACAAGUGGAACAAAGAGUAUUAACAAUACAAAAGUAAUACAUACACAAAUAUAUUCAAAACAACACAAAAGACUGUUUAAUCUACAUAAUAUACAUUUAAAAGGUGAAACUGGUGUAGACGAGAAACUUACAACGGAUAAAGGAGCAGAAGAACCAACAUCAACACAAUCAACAAAAGAAGCAGUACCUACAAGUGAACAGGCAGUACCAAAAGAAACACAAGAAACAAAAGGAUCAGAUGUUGAUUCAACAACAGGAGAAAAACAACCAAAAGACAUCACCACAGAAGAAACAACAUCAGCAGAAACAACAAAACAACAAACAGAAAGCCAAAAGUCAAGCACACCAAAAGCACCACAAUCAGAAAAUUCAGACAAAACAAAACAACAACAAAAAGAUCAUAACCCAUCAUCACAAGGAGAAGAAAAUAAAAAACAAAAAGACAAAAAACAAUCAGAAACACAAACACCAUCAACUCAAGGAGGAAAUCAACAAAAAGAAAAGUCAGAAAAAACACAAGAAAAUGGUGAUAAUAAAAAUAAUGAAAUACCAAAAACACAAGAUGAUGCAAAAGACAAACAAGAAAAGAAAGAUAAUGAUUCUCAACAAAAGAAUAACAAUAAUCAACAAACAAACAACAACCCAGAAGAUGAAAAAACUCAUGAACCAAACAAAAAUGAAAAUAAAGAAUCAGAUACUAAACAAUCAAACAACGAUGAAAGUGAAACAGAUAAUAGCACAGAUAAUGACAUAAAUAAUCAAAAGAGUAUUGAUGGUACAUCAUGUGUAUUUGUUAUUCUUUCUAUUCUCAUCACAUUUUUAUUAAUUUAA